AUGAUAGAUUUACACGCUCUCAAAGGCGAGAUGAUCCAGAUUUUUGCUGGAAAAUAUGCUGGCCAUGAAGCUUGGAUGGAUAAUUCGCAGACAUGGCAUGUGAACAAAGGAACAGAUACAGCACCUGUCAUUGUCCGUCUCCGUAAAGGAAAGGGACUAGUGCAAUCAACCAUCUGGAAGAGCUCUUUUCAAGGUUUUGACCCCAACGCAAGUCCCCAUAACUACACCAAGGCUGUCCUUUGUCAACGCCCAGGAAUCAAGAAAAACCUCGUAUGUGUAACCCGUCAAAUGGCCCAGUGCAUAGGUGCCCGCCAGAAACAAGGCAAAAUGGUUAAAGUGAUGGCCGAGCACUUAGAAGAUGCUUUCAAGCUCCAGGAGUCUUGUGGAGCCGAUGCAAUUUGUCGCAACAUUCAAUACCCCGAUCCUAAUGAAAAGGAAAUUAGCUCGAUGAUCAGUGGGAUGGAGCAGGAAGUCAAGGCCGCGAUUGAAGAGAGGGGUGCAAUCCUAAACGCAAUGGAAACGAAUAGUAACAAGAGAUCUGCUUCCGGCAAAACUGGAAAUAAUGAAAAGAUAUGGAUGGAUAAUUCGCAGACAUGGCAUGUGAACAAAGGAACAGAUACAGCACCUGUCAUUGUCCGUCUCCGUAAAGGAAAGGGACUAGUGCAAUCAACCAUCUGGAAGAGCGCUUUUCAAGGUUUUGACCCCAACGCAAGUCCCCAUAACUACACCAAGGCUGUCCUUUGUCAACGCCCAGGAAUCAAGAAAAACCUCGUAUGUGUAACCCGUCAAAUGGCCCAGUGCAUAGGUGCCCGCCAGAAACAAGGCAAAAUGGUUAAAGUGAUGGCCGAGCACUUAGAAGAUGCUUUCAAGCUCCAGGAGUCUUGUGGAGCCGAUGCAAUUUGUCGCAACAUUCAAUACCCCGGUUAG